AUGCACGACGUGGUUCGAGUAAUUAACUUGGUAAAAUACUAUCCCAAGCAUAAAAAGCCUGCAGUCAAUGACCUGACUUUCGGUGUUCGUCCAGGGGAGUGCUUCGGCUUAUUGGGUGUCAACGGUGCCGGUAAAACGACUACCUUCAACAUGCUCACAACAGCUAUUCAUCCAACCAGUGGAUCAAUUCAAAUCGCCGGUUGCGAUAUCACUGGAAAUGCUGGUUUGUUCUCGCAUAAUUUAAUUGGCUACUGUCCUCAAUAUGACGCUCUUCUCCCAUAUCUGACUGGUUACGAAACUCUCCAACUCUUUGCUCGUAUCCAUGGCUACCCAGAAAAGGUCAUACCUGGCCUAGCCAAUCGGCUAAUUGAUAGACUAUCUCUUCGACCUCACGCUCUUAAACCUGCUCACACAUACUCCGGUGGAAAUCUUCGCAAACUUUCAACAGGUGUAGCUACUAUUGGUCAACCUCAGGUCCUCCUUCUUGAUGAGCCUACUUCUGGAAUGGAUCCGGGUGCAAAACGAUGUCUUUGGGAGAUUAUCAAGUCCUUGCAGCAAGAUGGAUGCUCCGUAGUUCUGACCACUCACAGUAUGGAGGAGUGCGAGGCCCUGUGUAACCGCCUAGCCAUUAUGAUGGAUGGGCAAUUCCAGUGUUUUGGUACCGUACCUCAUCUGAAACAGCGCUUUGGCGAAGGUUAUAUAAUCGAGGUGGAUCUCUGUCACGAAGAGUCGAAUCCCUUAGACCUCUUCCCUCAAAACUCUCAGAUCCACGUCCUAGAUGCUGUUGGCAAGAAAUGUAAUUUCGAGGCUAGAGGUGACGUCAGUCUAUCAUCCAUUUUCAAACAUCUCCUGGACCUACGGUCCACUGGAAAGAUAAGCACUUUUGGUGUUCGUCAGGUAUCUCUGGACACUGUAUUCGUCAACUUUGUCAGAAAUUAUGAGAAAGAGAAGGAUGAAGAAGAUGUUGAUGUCGUUCUGAAAGAAAAUGAGGCACUUGGAAAAGAUUUGAAUUAUGUUGAAUUUUAA